AGCUCCACCUGUAUGAAGAUAAAAAUCAUUCCCAGCAAUGCAGUGCUGUGGGUGUCCCAGAUGUACAUAAUUUCAUGAGGAAAACCUUACAGCUCAUCCAGUUCCACCCCCUGCCAUGGGCAGGGACAUUUUCCACUAUCCCACGUUGCUCCAAGCCUUGUCCUACCUGGCCUUGGACACAUCCAGGGAUCCAGGGGCAGCCACAGCUGCUCUGGGCACCCUGUGCCAGGGCCUCAGCACCCUCACAGGGAAGAAUUACUUUCCAGUAUCCCAUCUAGCCCUACCUUCUGGCAGUGGGAAGCCAUUCCUCUUGUCCUGCCCCUCCAUGCCUCUGUCUGCAGUUCUCCCCAGCUCUCCUAGACCCCCUUUAGGCCCUGGAAGAGACUUCAUGGAGCCUUCUCUUCUUCAGGUGAACUCCCCCAGCUCUCAGCCUGGCUCCAGAACGGAGGGGUUCAGCUUUUGGAGCAUCUCUGUGGCCUGAAACCAUUUUUAGCCUCAAAUUCCCAAAACAGUGCUGCACGUUGUUUUCCCAGCCUCUCCCUUUCAGUCCCCUUUCCCAGCAUCCUGCUGACAACAGGAGCAGCUUGUAGCUACAAGCACUGACAUCAUGGAAUGAUGUGCAUGGCUCAAAACUUAAUAAAAAUCCAAUUCCAGGCCAGACAGGGAUGUUACAUUCAUACACAAUUACAUUCUCCAUCACUUUUCUUUCCUAGGAGAGAUUAAUGAGUAGUGCCAGAGCCCACAACAGCUGGGUGAAGCCAUGCCUUGUGAGCUUCCCUUGGGUACACAGGGGCCAGUGGGCCCAGGGUGUCACAAUGGGGGUCUUGGGAUGGAGGUGUCGAGAUGGGGAUCUCAGGAUGGGGUUUCUGCAUGGAUUCUCAGCAUGAGAUCUUACAAUGGAGCCUAGGAUGGGGAUCUCAGGAUGGAGUCUCACAAUGGGUGGGGUGUCAGCAUGGCUUCACAAUGGGGUCUCACGAUGGGAUCUCAUGAUGGGGUCUCACGAUGGGAUCUCAUCAUGAGUGUUCAGGAUGGGAUCUCAAGAGGGGGGUUUAGGAUGGAGGGUUUCAGAAUGGGGUCUCAUGAUGGGGUCUCGGGGGAGGGUUCAGAAUGGAAUCUCACAAUGGGAUUUCAUGAUGGGGGUUCGGGAUGGAAUCUCACGACGGGAUUUCAUGAUGGGGGUUCGGGAGGGGGUCUCACGAGGAGGGUUUCCGCCGUCGACCUUCUCAAGAUGGCAGCGCCCUUCCCGUGAUGGCGGCUCUCCGGGGCCGGUCACGUGCCGCAGGGCGGGCGGGGAAUCCCGGCACGUGCCGUGCGCGCUCACGUGACCGGGAGCGGGCGGUGCUGCGGGGCGCGGCCGCGCCCAGGCCACGCCCCCGGGCCCCGGUGCCCCCGCGGUGGGGACAGUGCCCGGGGCCCGGCACUCAUCGGGCACCGUGGCGGCGCCCGGCCUCGUGGGGCUUGUUCCUCACAGCGUCGGCUCCGAGCACCGAGUAGGGGAGGGAACUCACCCUCCGCCUGCCCCGGGGGCGGUGCUCCGGUGCCUCCGCCCCUCACCGGCUGUCCAGUCCCGCAGCAGCCGCUCGCACCGGAGCCGCGGCCUGGCCUUGCUCCGCCACGCCCGGUCCCUUCCCCUUGCGCCGGCCACCGGGGGAUUCGCGCUUCCCGCCGCCUCCCGCUGCCCCGCUAUGCCGUCCAACAAAUCCGUCUCGGACGCGCCCAUCGUGCAGUUCACCAACUGCCGCAUCCUGAGGGACCACCAGCUCCAGAGGGAGGACCUGUGGGUGCGAGAGGGGAAGAUCCUCAACCCAGAGAAACUCUUCUUUGACGAAAAGGGCUCUGCUGAUGUCCAGCUGGACUGCAAGGACAGCAUCAUCGCCCCAGGUUUCAUUGACGUCCAGAUCAAUGGAGGCUUCGGGGUGGACUUCUCUCUGGCUACGGAUGACUUCAAAUCAGGUAUUGACCUGGUCAGUCAGAAAAUCCUCUCCCAUGGAGUGACCUCUUUCUGUCCUACCUUGGUGACCUCUCCUCCAUCUGUGUACCACCAGAUUCUCCCUCAGAUCAGUGUAAGAAAUGGUGGAGCCCAUGGAGCAGGAAUCCUGGGAGCCCACCUGGAAGGGCCGUUCAUCAGCAAGGAGAAGAAGGGUGCCCACCCAGAGCACUGCCUCCGCACCUUUGAGGCAGGUGCUUUCCAGGACCUGCUUGCCACCUAUGGCUCCCUGGACUGUGUCCAGAUAGUGACCCUGGCCCCUGAAAUGAGGAGGAGCAGUGAGGUGAUCCGGGAGCUCACCAAGCGGGGCAUCUGCGUCUCCCUGGGUCACUCAGUGGCUAAUCUGUCCCAGGCCGAGGAGGCUGUGCAGCACGGAGCAACCUUCAUCACUCACCUCUUCAAUGCCAUGCUGCCGUUCCACCACCGUGACCCUGGCAUUGUGGGGCUGCUGACAAGUGACAAGAUUCCUGCUGGGCGGAGGGUCUUCUAUGGCAUGAUUUCUGAUGGCAUCCACACCAACCCCGCUGCCCUGCGCAUUGCCCACCGAGCCCACCCCAAAGGGCUGGUGCUGGUGACAGAUGCAAUCGCUGGCAUGGGGCUGGCACCGGGUCGGCACACACUGGGUCAGCAGGUGGUGGAGAUCGAUGGGCUGAACACCUACAUCGCAGGCACAAAGACCUUGAGUGGCAGUGUGGCAACCAUGGACACUUGUGUUCGACACUUCCAAGAAGCCACAGGGUGCUCGGUAGAGACCGCGUUGGAGGCGGCAUCUCUGCAUCCCGCCCAGCUCCUGGGGAUUGAACAUAAAAAGGGGACACUGGAUUAUGACUCUGAUGCAGAUUUCCUAAUGCUGAAUGACAGCCUGUAUGUGCAAGCCACUUACAUUGCCGGCGAGGAAGUCUGGCGACAGGAUGUGUCGGGCAUGUGACACUGGGCUGUCCCAGUGCCCUCCAAGGCUCACUGACACUGUGGUUAGCAGCUCUGGCAACCACCCCACUUCUCUCUUUUGGUUUUUUUUCCCCAAUUCCUUCCUGCAACUCCCUCAAUGGAGCGUCAUACCAAAGAGCUGCAUUUUCCAGCUUCCAGUUACAGCCAUGCCUGCCACGAAUUUGUUGGUGCUCAGUUGGUGAUAUGGGGAAAGAAGGCAGCUGUGUGCUGGCAAGGAUGCCAGUCCUGGAGUGACCUACAGGACUGUACAGCUGACCUGCUCCCCAACAGGUGCUUCUGUCACCAUCUGACAGCAGUGAGGAGUUGUCCCAGCCUUUGCACAGUUUAUACAGCGUACACUAACCUGCUCUGUACCUGAGGCAGGCUCAAGCCAUUCCAAUUCUUCUGCCUGCUGUUUGUCCCAGGCAGCCAUGACUUGUUAGACAUCAGCUUCCACCAGCUCAGCUCGCAGCUCUUCCCAUAACAAGGUUUCUGUUGUGUAAGCAGAAGCUGAGGAUCAUGUUUGGAUCUCCUGACAGCCCUUCUGUUGUGUGUCCUCAGAGCAAGGCUGCCACAGCUCGCUUACUCGGUGCCCUUGUGGGGCUGAAUCCUCAGGGCAGAGAUCAAACCCAGGAAUACCAAGGCAUUGCUGGUCCUUUGUGCCUUUUCCCUGCAUGGGCAUUGAGUCCACAGAGCUGGAGAUAUGGACAGCAUCCUACCACAUAAAACAAUGUUCCUUUCACUCCUUGCGCUGUCUGGGUGGGUUCUGCAGGCCAUACCAAGAAGUCUUUGCAUCGCCUGAUGGGUUUGUGCAUUCUUCAGGCUAUGGAUGUGAAGCUUUGCUUUAGGGGAUGCAUCCAGACUGGUGGUGACAGGCUCACAAGCCCUUAGUCCAGCUCAGGCACCGAGGGAGAGGAAAAUUGCGGUGGAAUUCUGGCCUUUCAAGAUAGAUAUGAUAGCUCAUUAUUUUGUGCUCAUUAUCUUCUACAAUACUUGACUGUCAUACUUUUUCCUGACGCUGGGACACUUGUAUAUGAGGGCUGAGGCUGAUUUCAACCCUCCUCAACCACUCAGAACAAGCCUUGAGAUGAAGUCUCAAGACAACCUUGGACAAGCCUCAAACCACUGAGAUGGUUUUUGUAAUGAGGAGAGGGCUCAGACAAUGGCUAAGUCUCAGCGAGGGUGGAGAUUGUAAGACAGACGGAAGUCUGGUUGGGAUUGGCAGAAGUGUACUGAUUUUUCCAGUACCAUUUUAUAAUCUUUAGCAGCAUCAUUUGGAAGUGCUUCCCCAGCACUUUAGAGCCCUUCUGUCAGCCUUGGACGAUUUCUAACAUCAACUGCCAAUGUCAAGAGAAAUUACAACCUCCAUGGUUUGAAGCACUGGAGAGACAGCAGGCCCUGUGCAGUGACACGCUGUGCUGCUGCAGUACUGACCUCACGGGGAUCUUCUGGCUGUUGUUGGAAACAAUCCAACAGGGAAAAAUGCUUAUGAAACAAGGCUCCCCAAGGUGUAUUUCAGGAGGAGCUGGAGUGGUGCAUUUCACAACUGGAGGCCAAUCUCCAUCUCACUCCACACCCCAAACCAGGAACAUCUCACAGUAUUUGAGCUUCUGGAAGCACUUGGAGUUCCUUUUCAAUUAAAUGCUAGUUAUGGAUUAGACAGAGGUGGUAUGAAUACAGAGCACAUUACUCUGAGUCAGUCAUCAGCAUCCCACAGUGUGGAUUUUAAGGCCCACUGUAAACUGCUUCUUGUCUCUCUUGGUGUUUUCUGAGUGGAGCAGAAGAAACCCAACACAUUUUCAAGGUCCUGCACUCCCCUGAGACUCCUCUUGCAGAGAAGCAGCAAGUGAUGAGCAAUGAGUUUGGGGAUUGUCAUCUCAAAAUGGAUGAGGGUCAGAAGAGCAUGGAGAAAGGCAUGACCCCUGAUGUU